AUGACUGCGCCAAUUCCAUCGUUUGAUUAUCAGUCAUCUCUGGAAGAAUACGCGAUACCUGCCAAAGAAUUCCUUCGCCAACAUCCCGAGUACCAUGUACUCGCUACCGGCGCAAUAGUUUUCAACCAACAGGGAAAACUUCUACUGGUACAGCGCGCGGCAGAUGAACGAGCCUUUCCAAACUACUGGGAGAUACCUGGGGGGAAGGUCGAUGACACGGAUGAGACGAUCCUGCACGCUGCUGUUCGGGAGCUGAAGGAAGAGGCCGGCUUGGAAGCUACUAGGGUGGUAAGGAAGGUCACUCAGUUCACUUUUUCAGAUCAGGUGCCUGGCCGGCCAACGACAACAUGGCUGAAGCUGGUAUUUGAGAUGGAGGUGAAGCAGGCUGAUGUCGUCCUGGAUCCAAUUGAGCAUCAGAAAUUUCUGUUUGCUACCGAGGGCGAGAUUGCAAACGACAAGGUGGGAGAUGUAAAACUCGCGUACAUCAGUCCCGAGAACAAGGUGGUCAAGCUGGAGGCCUUCAAGAUGAGGCAGGAGUUAUGA